CAUUCUGCCCUUAGCCCCAAAACACACACACAUUCUGCCCUUAGCCCCAAAACACACACACAUUCUGCCCUUAGUCCCAAAACACACACACAUUCUGCCCUUAGUCCCAAAACACACACACAUUCUGCCCUUAGUCCCAAAACACACACACAUUCUGCCCUUAGUCCCAAAACACACACACAUUCUGCCCUUAGUCCCAAAACACACACACAAAAGGAUGUGGGUCCCCUUUCUCAGGUGGAGGGGGGGUGCGGGCAGACCCCCCUCCCCCUCACCUCCUCCAGCCCCAAGCGCAGGACCCCCGUGGCCGUCACCAUGAGAGGGACUGAGGCCGCAUCCCAGAAUACCCCGUCUGAAACCUCCAGCCCGGUCUCCACAGCAACGCCAACCCCGGUGACGACCACGGGGAUCAUUCCGGAAAAAGCUUCUAGCUCAGAAUCAAAGAUGGCCGCCGGCUCGGAAUCAAAGAUGGCUGCCUCCUCGGAGUGCGCGUCUGUGGGCGGGGCUGGCGGACCGACGGCAUCCCAGAGUGCCGAGGGGAGCGGGAGAUCGGAGGAACGCGACCCCCCGCUGAGACACCCCGGUCGCCAGGGAGACAUAAAUGCCAUCGCCACCGGCGGCACAGCGUUGUCAAGGGCAACGGAGGAGAGGAGCGAGAAGCGUGACGAGGAGAGGCCUCCAGGGAAAUCCAGGACGAGCAGGGAGACCGGCACCAUGACCAGCCCAGAGAGAGAGGCCCCUGCCUGGGGGGGGAGGGGGACGGAGGUGGGGGUGCAGGCCAGCGUGGAGGUGUGUGACAGGGAGACCAACACAGGCCCUCUCCUCCUAGAGCCAGACACACACACAGCCUCACACACCCUGGCCAAUGGGCUUCCCGCAACUGCAGCCCACUCUGCUCUCACUGGCCUUCCAAGCUGUCACUCAAGCCUGUCCUCCAAUCAGGAGACGGGGACUGGAGACAAGGCUUUCAGCCCACCCCUGAUCUGUGUUCCUAUUGGCCAGCCUCCUUUCCAGCACGUCUGUCAGAUAGACAUCGAGCUGUGCAGCCAAUCAGAGGUCAGGAACCACAAACAGCAGCCAAUCAAGAGAGAGACUACCCGGGGCGUUACUAAGGAGGUGACUCAAGAGCUACUGAGGCCAAACCGUCAGGGUGGAGAGAAGGAGGAGCAGGAGGAGGAGGAGCAGAAGGAGGAGGUGCAGGAGGUGGUGUGGGAUGAGCAGGGUAUGACGUGGGAGGUGUACGGGGCGUGUGUGGACCUGGAGUCUUUGGGCGGGGCCAUCCAGUCCCACCUGCAGAGCCGCAUCCGGGAACAGGAGCACCGCAUCCGCACGCUGCGCAAGUCCGUCUCCUCCGAGUCCUCAGCCGGCCGGAGGAAGAAGAGGAGGAGGAGGAGGAGGAACGUGUUCCGCCGCGUGUUCCGUCCCUGCUGCAGGAGAACGUCUGUGUCCGCCUGACCGAGGAACCCAGAACCCAGACCUUCGAGAAGUCUCACUCACUUAGAGCUCUCACACACUGGAGUUCUAGAACACACACUUCACUCCUUGGAGUUCUAGAACACACACUUCACUCCUUGGAGUUCUAGAACACACACUUCACUCCUUGGAGUUCUAGAACACACGCGUCACUCCUUGGAGUUCUAGAACACACACUUCACUCCUUGGAGUUCUAGAACACACACUUCACUCCUUGGAGUUCUAGAACACACACUUCACUCCUUGGAGUUCUAGAACACACACUUCACUCCUUGGAGUUCUAGAACACACGCGUCACUCCUUGGAGUUCUAGAACAUACACUGUCACAUUUGUAUCUUUAGAAAAAAAAUGUGAACUCACAUGCACU